ACGCUGCGUGGAUAGGGUUGUAGGCUAGACCGGUGUCCGCCACCGCGGAUGGCGAGGGAUCUGAUCGGGCCGGCGCUGCCGCCCGGCUUCAAGGCUCGCGGGACAGCAGAGGACGAGGAGCGAGACCCCAGCCCUGUUGCAGGACCAGCUUUACCCCCUAAUUAUAAAAGCAGUAGCUCAGAGUCAUCAGACAGUGAUGAGGACAGUAGUUCAUUGUACGAAGAAGGAAAUCAAGAAUCUGAAGAAGAUGACACUGGUCCAAGUGCAAGAAAACAGAGGAGAACUCAGGAUGAUGACGACGAUGAUGAAGGGUUUUUUGGACCAGCUCUUCCUCCCGGAUUUAAAAAGCAGGAUGAUUCUCCUCCAAGGCCUAUAAUAGGUCCUGCAUUACCACCUGGUUUUAUUAAAUCUACUCAGAAAAGUGACAAAGGCCGAGAUGAUCCAGGACAACAAGUAUCAUCAUAUUUCAACUAUGAGGAAACAGAUAGCAGUGAAGAUGAGGACAUUGUUGGACCCAUGCCUGCAAAAGGACCAGUUAACUACAACGUCACGACAGAGUUUGAAAAAAGGGCCCAGAGAAUGAAAGAAAAACUGACCAGAGGAGAUGAUAAUUCAUCCAAACCAAUUACAAGAGAGUCAUGGAUGACUGAGCUUCCUCCAGAAAUGAAAGACUUUGGUCUCGGGCCCAGAACUUUUAAGAGACGAGCCGAUGAGAAAUCUGGGGAUCGAUCGGUCUGGACAGACACCCCAGCUGACAGGGAGAGGAGAGCUAAGGAAACACAAGAAGCAAGGAAGUCAUUCAAUAAGAAGGAUGAAGAACAUAUAUUGUCAGGAAGGGAAAAGAGAUUGGCUGAGCAGGUGUCCUCAUACAAUGAAUCAAAAAGAUCAGAAUCUCUUAUGGACAUUCAUCAUAAGAAAUUAAAGACUAAGGCCGCUGAAGAGAAAAAUAAGCCCCAAGAACGAAUACCAUUUGAUCGUGAUAAGGAUCUCAAAGUUAAUCAGUUUGAUGAAGCUCAGAAAAAAGCCCUGAUAAAGAAAUCUAGAGAACUAAACACCAGAUUUUCACACGGCAAAGGCAGUAUGUUUUUAUAAGGGGAUUUCCCUGUGCAAUGAAGAAAAGUUGAAGAAUACUCUAUUAUCUGUCUGUCCACCUUCAUUCCUUUGUUUUGAGUUUAAGAUUGGAGAUUAUUUUAGUCUUAAAAACCAUACAAACUUACCUUGUGUUGUCCUUUACCUUGUCCUUUAAAGUCACGUGGAAACCUAAAGUCAGUAUUUCUUACGUGGAAUAGAAUUUCAUGUGCUUUUGGCUUCUGAUGAAGUGUGGGCUUUUCUUCAAGUAAUUAUUUUGAGGACUUCCCCCCCAUCUCCUAAUUUGUGUGACGUCUCUUAAGUACCCUCUAAGGUCUGGUCAGGACUAUCCGCUAAAUCUCCACAAGAACUUAGACUUCCUCGUGAGACACUAUUAACAUGCCCUGGAGUAAGUGUGUCGGGUCCUUGCAGUAAAUCCAUGAAUUGGAAGUUAUUUGGGUUUUCCCUCUAAACUUCAGCCAGUGAAUGCACAUUUACAAAUAGAGGGUUUGGAGGUUUUGUCCUGUUAACAUUUUGCUUGUUUGGGCAAACGGGGCUUUUUGUCUGUUGUUUGGGUUUUUGUUUUUUCGUUGGUUGGUUGGUUGGUUGGUUGGUUGGUUUUUAAGUCAGAAAGAGGGACCUCUGCAUUGUCUCAUGUGCUAAGGAAAAACUAUUUCGAUUUUUCCAACUUUAAUAAGUAUUUCUAGGGGAGGCAAUCUGAGGGACAAAAUGUGCCAUUAACCAUUAACAGUGUGAAGCCUAGGACUUGGUCUCUAUGGUCUCAAUCAAAGCUUUCUAAGUCUUUGAACUUUGCUUUGAGAUGAUCUAACUUAACCCAUUUGUAUUUAACAGAUUUUAGCUAAUUUAUUGGGGACUGAUCUUUUAUAUCAAUCAUGAAUAUUUUUUUUUUAAAAAUCAAAAUUAGCCCUGAAUACAAAAAUAUAAAUGGAAACUCUAAUCAUAACCACUCUAAUGAAAGUAUAUUAGUUUGUAAUGCUUUAGGUACUGUUUCUUAAAAUGUCAAAUAGAGCAUUCUAAAUAGUUAAAGCCUAAA